UGACCUCCAUUAUAGCAUUAUCUUCGUCGUCAAGUCUAAGACCAUCGGGAUCAUAGCAGUGAGACAGAGUCACUAAUCGCUCACUUGGAGGUAAAUUCCAGUAUAAAAGCUGGAAGAUUUACUAGUACUUCAUAUUCUAAUAAAUUGCAAAGUCAGACACGGAGCAAGAUUGCUUAAUUCAUAUAGCAUUUAAAAAAUAAGUAGUAAUGGUUUCGAAAAUAAUAUCACUGUAUUUAAUAUUCUCUAUGUGUCAUCUCCAAGAUAAACCCGUAAAAGCACAAGAAGUAAAUUUACCCCCAGGCCAAGAAUGCCAGAUGACUCCGGUAAUACACGUACUCCAACAUCCAGGAUGUGUGCCCAAAGCUAUCCCUUCGUUUGCUUGUAUUGGGAAAUGUUCCAGUUAUGUGCAGGUUUCCGGUAGCAAAAUUUGGCAAAUGGAACGUACAUGUAACUGCUGCCAAGAAUCGGGAGAAAGAGAAGCAACAGUGGUUUUGUCUUGUCCAAAAGCUAAAAGCGAAGAAAAGAGAUUUAGAAAGGUGACAACAAAGGCUCCUCUGGAAUGUAUGUGCCGUCCUUGUGGCAGCAUAGAAGAGAGUGCAAUAGUACCUCAAGAAAUAACAGGAUAUGAAGAGGGUCCAUUGCAUAAUCAUUUCAGAAAAACGUUUUAAUUUUCAUGAAGCGACUUAAUAAAUGAAACUAGCGUACCUACCUAAAUAUUUAAAUUUUAAGUGAAUUUUUGUAUGAAUAAACGUCGUGUAAAAUAGUUUUUGUAGUUAUAUGUACUGUAUGUGUGAAUAAUAAAAAGAAAAUAAUUAAAUGAC